AUGGUGGGAAAACAAAAAGAAACUUGUUUGGAACACUUUGAUGAUGGCACUGAAUCGUUGGACAGACGUGAAUGGCAGCAGCGAGGUACCUUACGAGGAGGUUCUUCGCAUAACAUCAUGACUGCUUCAGCUAUUAAUUCAAGCAAUGCCUACUAUCAGGAGGGCCCUGGAGUUGCUAUUGUUGAUGUACCAACGACACAGCAGCGUUUAGUGGUCAGUUUUAUAGCUACGAUUGAUAUUAACAAUGUAUUAGAAAUUUUACAAUUUUUUAUGAUGCAUUUAAGUUUGUUAUAA